AGUGGAAGCAUCGGAAUAACCGGGAGCUCACAGAGACUUCAGCAGCUGAGCUUCUGUCAGAGCAAAAAGACGAGAAAAGGGGAUAAAUAAUCAGACGCAAGGACUUUUUAUCCUCAUAUAUUACUUUUUUUUAUAAUCCAGAGGGGAUUUUCAUUUUAAAGGGUUCACUUGAGAUUCGGAGAUGAUGCUGUGCGGCAUCUUUUUGCUGUUGAUGCUUUGGAGUUGUGAGGGCGCACGGUUGGCAGAGAGCAGAGAUGAUAACAGUGUGUAUGACUUGUUCGAUCUGGCCCGGGUAAACAAGAGGCACAACGGAGUGAGUUUGGUCAAAGGCGCAGAUCCCAACAGCCCCGCGUACAAGGUCCUGAACGCAGACCUGAUCCCCCACGUCCCCGACAGCUCCUUCAGGGACCUGCUCGACUCCAUCCAGGCCGAGCGGGGCUUCCUCCUCCUGGUGAACCUGAAGCAGUUCAAGAAGAACAGGGGCAGCCUGUUGACCAUCGAGAAGGAUGACGGAUCCGGACCCGUUUUCGAGGUCAUUUCCAACGGCAAGGCGAACACCCUGGAUGUGGUGUACUCCACCGAGAGCCAGCAGCAGGUCGUGUCCAUCGAGGAUGCAAAUUUGGCAACUGGACACUGGAAGAACAUCACGCUGUUCGUUCAGGAUGACCGUGCGCAACUUUACGUGGGCUGCGAGGAGAUCAACGUGUCAGAGAUGGAUGUGCCCAUCCAGACGGUGCUGGCCAGGGAGGUGGCAGACAUUGCCAAGCUCAGGAUUGGAAAGGGAGCUGUGAAGGAAAAAUUUAUGGGAGUGCUUCAGAAUGUGCGCUUUGUCUUUGGUACCACUCUGGAUGCCAUACUGAGAAAUAAGGGAUGCCACAGUGGAGCUGCCUUAACGGAUGUCAUGACCCUGGACAACCCAGUCAAUGGCUCCAGCCCUGCCAUUAGGACUGAUUACACUGGCCACAAAGCCAAAGAUCUGCAGUCUGUCUGCGGCUUCUCCUGUGAGGACAUAGCCAGCAUGUUCAGGGAGCUCAAAGGACUCAAUGUGGUGGUUAAGCAGCUGUCAAACGAGCUCCAGAAAGUGUCUCAGGAAAGUAUAUCCCUAAAAAAUUACAUGAACAUCCACAGUGGAGUUUGCAUCCACAAUGGCAUCGUGCACCAAGACAAAGAGGAAUGGACCGUGGACGGCUGCACGGAGUGCACCUGCCAGAACUCCGCUACUGUGUGUCGCAAAAUCUCCUGCCCUGUGGUAUCAUGUGCUAACGCCACUGUGCCCGAUGGAGAGUGCUGCCCUCGCUGUGGAAAUCAACGCGAUCCAGAAGAGGACGCUUGGUCCGCAUGGUCUGAAUGGACCCAGUGUUCGGUGACUUGUGGCCGUGGCAUCCAGCAGCGUGGACGCUCCUGCGACCGCAUCAACAGCAAGUGUGAGGGCACCUCUGUCCAGACCCGUGAUUGCUACCCACAGGAAUGUGACAAACGCUUCAAACAGGAUGGAGGCUGGAGCCACUGGUCACCCUGGUCUUCAUGCUCUGUGACCUGUGGUGAGGGGGUCAUCACCCAAAUCCGCCUCUGCAACUCCCCCACACCCCAGAUGGGUGGUAGAGACUGCCAGGGAGUGGGACGUCAAACUAAAGUCUGCCGGAAGUCACCCUGUCCUAUCAAUGGAGGUUGGGGACCUUGGUCACCAUGGGACACCUGCAGUGCUACCUGCAAUGGAGGAAUCCAGAACCGUAAACGUCUCUGCUCUGACCCUGCUCCUAAAUAUGGUGGAAAAGACUGUGUUGGUGAUGCUACUAUGUCUCAAAUUUGCAACAAACAGGAGUGCCCCAUUGAUGGCUGUCUCUCCAACCCAUGUUUCUCUGGAACAAAGUGCACCAGCUUCCCCGAUGGCUCUUACAAGUGUGGCAGAUGUCCACUUGGCUACACUGGAAAUGGCAUCACCUGCAAAGACAUCGAUGAAUGUAAAGAGGUCCCUGAUGCUUGCCAUACUCAUAACGGAGUCCAUCGCUGUGAGAACACUGAGCCAGGUUACAACUGCCUGCCCUGCCCUGCACGUUUCUCUGGUCCUCAGCCCUUUGGAAGAGGAGUGGAAGAGGCAACAGCUAAAAAACAGGUUUGCGCUCCCCGUAAUCCUUGCCAAGACGGUAGCCACAACUGUCAUAAAAAUGCAAACUGCAUCUACUUGGGCGUCUUCUCCGAGUCCAUGUUCCGGUGCGAGUGCAAGCCAGGGUAUGCCGGGAAUGGCCGUAUUUGCGGAGAGGACAGUGACUUGGAUGGAUGGCCCAACACUGACCUGCUGUGUGUGGAGAACGCCACCUAUCACUGCAAGAAGGAUAACUGCCCCAACCUUCCCAAUUCUGGCCAGGAAGAUCAUGACAAAGAUGGUCUGGGUGAUGAAUGUGACCAUGAUGAUGACAAUGAUGGGAUCCCCGAUGACAGGGACAACUGCCCAAGAGUGUACAACCCUGCCCAGUAUGACGCAGACAGAGACGAUGUUGGGGAUCGUUGUGACAACUGCAUAUUUGAAGCCAACACUGAUCAAACCGACACUGACAACAAUGGAGAGGGUGAUGCCUGUGCUGUUGACAUUGAUGGGGAUGGCAUUCUGAAUGAGAACGACAACUGCCCCUAUGUUUACAACGUGGACCAGAGAGACACUGACAGGGAUGGGGUGGGAGAUCAUUGUGAUAACUGCCCUCUGGAGCACAACCCUGAUCAGAUCGACUCUGACUCAGAUCGCAUUGGAGACAAGUGCGACAACAACCAGGACAUUGACGAGGAUGGUCACCAGAACAACUUGGACAACUGCCCCUACAUCCCUAAUGCCAACCAGGCUGAUCAUGACAAGGACGGCAAGGGUGACGCCUGUGACCACGAUGACGACAAUGAUGGCAUUCCUGAUGACAAAGACAACUGCAGACUGGCCUUUAACCCUGAUCAAGUGGACUCUGAUGGUGAUGGCCGUGGUGAUGUGUGCAAGGACGAUUUUGACCAAGACAAUGUUUUGGACAUCUAUGAUGUUUGCCCGGAGAACUUUGCUAUCAGUGAAACCGACUUCCGCAGAUUCCAGAUGGUUCCUCUGGACCCCAAGGGCACCUCUCAGAUUGACCCCAACUGGGUGGUUCGGCAUCAGGGCAAAGAGUUGGUGCAGACUGUCAACUGUGACCCUGGCAUUGCUGUCGGUUAUGAUGAGUUCAGUGCAGUGGAUUUCAGUGGAACGUUCUUCAUCAACACUGACAGAGAUGACGACUACGCUGGGUUCGUGUUUGGCUACCAGUCCAGCUCUCGCUUUUACACAGUCAUGUGGAAACAGAUCACACAGACGUACUGGUCCCACACACCCACAAGAGCUCAGGGCUACUCUGGCUUGUCAAUCAAAGUGGUCAACUCCACCACUGGGCCUGGCGAACAUCUGAGGAACGCUCUGUGGCACACUGGAGACACCCCAGGACAGGUCCGCACUCUGUGGCACGACCCCAAGAACAUUGGCUGGAAGGACUUCACAGCCUACAGAUGGCAUCUGACCCAUAGACCCAAGACUGGACUUAUUAGAGUGGUCAUGUAUGAAGGCAAGAGAAUCAUGGCUGAUUCUGGAAACAUCUUUGACAAGACAUAUGCUGGUGGGCGACUAGGCUUGUACGUCUUUUCUCAGGAGAUGGUUUACUUCUCAGACCUCAAAUAUGAAUGCAGAGAUUCAUAAUUGGACCACAGAGUCUUCUAGAAGAAUGUAUCAAUAUGAAUCUUUAACACAAGACCUGGAUCGAUUUCUAUUUAACUUUUUCCUUAGAGAAAUGCACAUCGGAGGUAUGUCGAGCAAGUGACCUAACAUGAGGUAAAGAGACCUCAGGAGUUAAAGCCAAAUGAAAGUUCAACGAUAAAUCUGCACCAAACUCAAAUUGCGAGCGCAGCACUGCUCAGAAGA